UGGACCAACAUGCCCAAACGGCAUUUUCUCGCAGCUUUUUGAACUUUCCCCUGUUACCUAUUUCUCUUCCUCCUCCUCCAUCUUCUUCGACUUCUCUCACCUCCAUUGCAGGGUUUUACAAAACCCUAAUUCUCUCUCAAUCCAUGGAGUCUCUCGCCAAACUUCACCUCCGCCACCAACCCCUCACCCUCUCGCUCAAUCCCCACUGUUCCUCGUUCCCAAAACCCCUUUCUUCCUUCAGACCUCUGUGCCAAUCGCCGACCUUCAACUUCACCACCCUCACUAUCAGAGCCUCAUCCUCAUCGCUUCCGCCACCGUCCUCCGCCCACCCACCUCACCAAAACCCCCCAAACCCUAAACCCACUUCCUCUUUCAAAACCCUGGCCCCUCUCGCCGCCCCUAUCAUCAAGGCGACCUGCGCCGCCAUUGCUGCCGCCGCAUUCUUCUUCAUGAGGUUCAAUCACCGAACCGCUAUGGCCGCCACCGCAGUCGCACCUUCCACGGUGGAGCCAGUGGAACAAGAAUCUCCCGCUGACAGCGUUUCGUAUGAAGAGAAAGAAAGGGUACUUGAAGAGCAAUUGUCACAGAACCCAGACGAUGUCGAAGCUCUGAGGAAUUUAAUGGAGGUCAGGAUCAAAUCCAACAAGCUGGCCGAAGCGAUUCAGGUGCUGGAGCGCUUGAUCGAGCUGGAACCCGAAGACUUUGAGUGGCAAUUGCUGAAGGCCAAUGUUCAUAGCUACAUGGGUGAGGUAGAUCUCGCUAACUCCGAGUUUGAGGACAUUUUGUCGAAAAACCCUUUCAAAGUUGAGGCCUUUCAUGGCCUUGUAAUGUCCGCUUCGCAAUCACCUGAGAAAUUGAAGAGUGUGAUGAAGAGGGUGGAGGAGGCAAUGGUGAAGUGUAAGAAGGAUGGGAAUAUGUCGGAUGUGAGGGAUUUUAAGCUGUUAGUUGCGCAAAUUCGCGUGAUGGAGUCGAAGUAUUCGGAUGCUUUGAAGCUUUAUCAAGAGCUUGUGAGGGAAGAACCAAGAGACUUCAGGCCUUAUCUGUGUCAAGGAAUAAUUUAUACAAUGUUGAGGAAGACUAAUGAGGCUGAGAAACAGUUUGAAAAGUUCAGGAAGCUUGUUCCAAAGAACCACCCUUAUAAAGAGUAUUUCGAUGACAAUAUGUUUGCGACAAAGCUUUUUGGGCAGAAGAUGGAGAGGGAAACAGCAGCGUCGAACGUCUGAGGGAACUGGAGUUGCUGAGUUUUAGCUCAUUGUGGUGGCUGGCUUGUGUAAUGUGGUGGUUGCCUCUUGGUUUCUCUCUGCCUCUGUUUUUGGUUAAUGCUUUGUAUCAUGUGCGGCCAUUCAUGCUGUGCUUCAUUCAAGAUUGUUCCACAUCUCGUUAGGGGUUGAACUUGAUGUGAAUGUUCUUAACAUGAAAGGUGAGCAGAUAGGCAGCAAGAAUGCAUAUGAUUAUUUCUGAUUUGAACUGUUUUUAAGGAACUACCAAGUGAAUCAAAGUAGAUGUUGGACUGACCUGACUGUUUUUUAACUUCUGGUUAACGGUGCGCGAUGUCGACCCAGCUGGUGCAGAAAUGAAGACGGUUUUGCAGAUAGAAAAGUUUGUAUAGAUUCUUACUGCAUUCUGGUAAUUUCCAACCAACAUAAUGCCUCUCUCUUUCCCCCCCUCUCAUUCUUGCUUUUACUGCGGUUAUUUGAUCAAGGAUGGAUCGAGCAGCAGCAGGCUCUCUCCCCUGUUGCUGAUAUCAAUGGAGUAUAACUUAAUAGCAAACCUCAACCUGCAGCUGCAAGUCUUGCAGCUGCAAUCAACUUGGAAAAGAUGAAAACAUGUCACAAGGUUACAUAGUGCUCGCAUGGGCACCUAGGUUGUGCGCAUGGCCUCCAUUAUAAUGACGAUACAGUAUGUUUUAUUUUAUCAAUAUGGUGGGCAUACGUUGUCAAUGCA